UAAAGUUUUUAUACUGCGUAAAUAAACAUUCUUAUCACAUACAAUUCUAUCAUUCAGCGUUUACGACAUAUUUUAGCAGAACAAUAUAUAGAAAAUUAUGGACUACGCACCACUAAAUUUGGCACAUUUUCACGAGAGACGUGCAAAUCGCUUUCUCCAACGUCAUCGUUAUGACGACGCUUACAAAGCUGUAGAAACUGCAUUAAUAUAUUUACAAGAUGCCUUCAAAUUGGCACUAAUGCCAAAAUCACGAGAAGUACUGAAUACAUACAAAUGGCAAUACGAACGAAAAUUAGAACAAAUACAAAUUCAUAAGGAAGAACAUGAAAGUUGGAAGCACAAAGAGAUCGUACCACUAUCAGAUACAAAUACGCAUGCUGCAUUAUUACGAACUGACAGCAAUUUGACCGCACAAUCCAUAGCCAAAUCAAUUGAUAAAACAGUACGAGAAUUUGAUAUUAAAUUAAAUAUAUCACCAAUAAAGCGUACGAAUAGUAGGGAAAACAAAGCCCUUAAUAAUUAUGCUCUUGACAGCAAUGAGGGACAACACACUACAAAGCCAAACAUGCUAACUAAUGCAGCAAUGACACAGUCACAAUAUGUGCGCGCUGCCUGCGAUGGACCGGCCUUCUAUAUUAGUGACAACGAUGAAUUGCCAUCAUUAACACCACUCGAAUUGCCGUCUUUCGAAUAUCGUUCAUUUGCGGCUUCCACACCAACAUUAGCUGAUUUAACUACGAAUGGCCAAAAAGAGUAAAAACAACUACAACUAUGCUAUUUUAAUUAUAAGACGAUCUCGUGUGCAAUUCGCAGUACAUUACCAUGUAUAUUAAGAAAAAUACAUCAUAUAUUUCAAAGUAUUCUAAACGUACAAUAUAUUUUAGUUUAUUUCAUUAAAAGUAUUAGAAAAAUGUAUAUCGUCAUAUAUUUUUAUUUCGCUAAUAAACCUUGUAGUAAAACCU